UCAGAGAUCCACAGAGAGGGUUCUGCGCCUCCCGUGAGCAGACGGCCCGAGCCUCCCCGGACAGAAGGUGCUUUUGAAAUCCCCAGCGAGUGGCAGACCCCUCUCCCCGCCCUGUCCCACCCUCCUCCUCCACCCGCCCCCGCCGGCCUCUGCUGCCCUCCGGCCUGGGUGCGCCCAGCCACAUGGCCGACAAGCAGAUCAGUCUGCCAGCCAAGCUCAUCAAUGGCGGCAUCGCGGGGCUGAUCGGGGUCACCUGCGUGUUCCCCAUUGACCUGGCCAAGACAAGGCUGCAGAACCAGCAGAAUGGCCAGCGCAUGUACAGCAGCAUGUCCGACUGCCUCAUCAAGACCAUCCGGUCGGAGGGCUACUUCGGCAUGUACCGAGGAGCCGCCGUGAACCUGACCCUUGUCACCCCGGAGAAGGCCAUCAAGCUGGCAGCCAAUGACUUCUUCCGCCAUCAGUUCUCCAAGGACGGGCAGAAGCUGACCCUGUUUAAGGAGAUGCUGGCGGGCUGCGGGGCCGGCACCUGCCAGGUGAUCGUGACCACGCCCAUGGAGAUGCUGAAGAUCCAGCUUCAGGACGCGGGCCGCAUCGCCGCUCAGAAAAAGAUACUGGCUGCCCAGGCUCAGUUCUCCACACAGGGGGGCGCCCCGCCCCCGGUGGAGGCCCCGGCCCCCCCUCGGCCCACGGCCACCCAGCUCACCCGGGACCUGCUCCGGACCCACGGCAUUGCCGGCCUCUACAAGGGCCUGGGGGCCACGCUGCUCAGGGACGUCCCCUUCUCCAUCGUCUACUUCCCCCUGUUCGCCAACCUGAACCAGCUGGGCCAGCCGGCCUCCGGGGAGAAGUCCCCCUUCUACGUGUCCUUCCUGGCGGGCUGUGUGGCUGGGAGUGCGGCCGCUGUGGCCGUCAACCCCUGCGAUGUCGUGAAGACGCGGCUGCAGUCUCUGCAGCGCGGGGUCCACGAAGACACCUACUCGGGGUUCCUGGACUGUGCCAGGAAGAUACUGCGGAACGAGGGCCCCUCGGCCUUCCUGAAGGGAGCCUACUGCCGCGCCCUGGUCAUCGCCCCGCUGUUCGGCAUCGCGCAGGUGGUCUACUUCCUGGGCAUCGCGGAGACCCUGCUGGAGCUGCUGCAGCGCCCCCAGCCCUGAGCCCGGGGCCCCCAGGCCCGCACCAAGCAGGACCAGAGUGGGGCUGAGGCUGGGCCAGCCGCUCCGGACCCAGCCGGGGGAAGUCUCCCUUGCUGCUCCCACACACGGACGGGGAGGUGGGGGAGGGGUGCAGGGCCCACCCCCACGGACCCGAGGGCCCUCCCUGCACAACCACUGGGAUCAAUACGUCAUUUACUUGGAAACCACAGAAAUCUCUACAUUCCUGGAGCCUGUGCGCCCCAGCUCCAGCCUGGCCUGCGCGCCCCAGGGACAGAGCUGGUCUCUGAGCUGGGGGCUCCCAGGCGUGGGCUGGGCAAGAGGGGCCCCCCCUCCAGGCUGCCGGCCCGUCUCCAGGCAUGGCCCCUCAUCCUCAAGGGGGACCCCGCACAAACCUAUUUAUUAACUUGCUGAGCACAAGUGGCUCUGUCCAGCCUCGGUCCGUCCAGCCUCCUCGCUGCUGCCCCUCUCGCCUUGGCCCACCUUGCAGGAGAGUCGGGGCCUCCUGCCCCCCCCCCCCCGUCUUGAGCCAGGAAUCCCAGUCCGACUCCCAGGGAACCCCCACCCCAGGCUGGGGGCCCAGAGCGCCCGCACCUGCAAGUGCGGCGUGGAGCUGGCCGUGGCCUUCAGCUGGCCUGGCUCCUCUGACUGGGGGGGUCGGGGGUGGGGGGGUGGGGGCUGCUGCCCUUCCUUCCCACUGGCCAGGCAGCCUGUGUGUGUGUGUGUGUGUGUGUGUGUGAGUGUGAGUGUGAGCCAGUGCACGUGCACACCCUAGGCUCCCCACUGACCCUGUCCAGAAAUCUGUUUCUCCAGUCCGGCUCCUCGUCUGAGGCCUGCACCCCGGGUCUGACAUUAGGGGAAGGACGAGCAUCAAGACCCCUAUGGAGCCUGGGGCCACCUACUCUGCCUGCAGGGGUGCAUGGCCAGGAGCCGCCCCUCCAGGGUCCACGCCGCUCUCGGGGCCUCUGCACAGAGCCCCUGACCACACUCCGCCCUCCGGAUCUGCAGGCCCAUCCGUGUGAACCGCGGCAGGCUCCGGCCGCCGCCGCGCCGCCCCCGCCACGUGAUCGUGUUGGUGACUGGUCCUGACGUGCUGGUGCUGUGUCCCGGUCCCCGGCCUCCGCGAGGAGGCCCCUUCCCAGCGACACUACCUGGGGCUAAGGCCUAGCCCCGAGCUCACGGUUGUCCCCAUCCCAUCUGUACCCUGGAAGCUGCUGCUGCUGCUUACAGAUUUAUAUUUUUUUCCUUUGGAGGAGUGUGAAGAAGUGACUUUUUGUGUCUUGUCGUGUAAGAAGAUAAAUAAAUAUUCUAAGUAGAA